AUGCAAAAUAAAUUAGAACAAGUAGAAGUUUUGGUAAUUAUUUCUGAUUUUUCUUUGACUGAAGAAGGAAUCGAGGACAGCAGCGUUUUUACUUUAUACGAACCUCGUUUAAUUAAUAAGUGUUUGGAAGAAAUUUCUUGGUUAUUAUCGCCUAAUGUAGUUGUGGCAUAUGGAAAUAAUCCAAAAAGUGUUGGGGAGGAAUUGUUAAAAAAAUGGUCUAAACGUUUCAAAAGGUUGCAGUAUUUGUCUGUGGAUGAAUGCAAAUCUAUAAACGACAUUUUACGUCAAGUUGAGGACCGUCAAUUACUCAAAACGGAUUUUUUGUUUGUUUAUAAUUGUGCUACUUUUUGUUCUGUUAAUUUGGAAUGUUGGAUUGAAAAUUUUAGAGCACUCAGAAAACAAAAUAAAAAUGCCGUAGCAACACUAAUUUACUCAGAAAUUGAUGUUGAUGAAUCUUCCAAUAAUUCUUUAAUUUGUUAUAGAACUUGUACUAAAAAAUUAGUUAAUUAUAAUUUAAUAGAAGGAAGUAAAGGAAGAAGAUAUUUACAGACAAAAAAGGAUAUAUUUCUCACUGAAACAACUUUCCGAACAGAUUUAUUCCCCUUAAAUAUAUUUAUUUGUGCCUUAGAUUUUAUUGGACAUUUUGCUGGAAAUUAUGAUUUUAAUUGUGUAGAUAAUAUAAUUUUGGAUAUUUUAAGUAAUGAAGAAGUUAUUGGACAAGAAAUUUAUUUAAAUAUUUUGGAGAAAAAUAAAAUUGAAAAUUUAAAAGAAUUUGAAAGAAUAAUUAAAAUUAAAAAUUCCGGAAAGAAGAAAAUUAAAGAAUUUCCUGGAAAUUGUUCCGAUGUUUCUGAUGAGGAGGAAAAUGAAGAGGGAGAAGAAGAAAAUAUAAAGAGUGUGGGAGAGGGGAAUAAUAAACAGGUGUUGUUUAUUUAA